CUGGCACAGUCACCACUGCCCAGAAUCUGCCGAGAGACGCUGUGGAGCGCUAGACAUCGUCAUGACGGGGAUCGCCAUGGAACAACGCAAACGCCACUGCUGGGAAUGUCUCCGCCGGUCGCUGGUCUGCGACUUCACGGAGCCCGAGUGCAAGCGGUGUAUUAAAAGCGGGACUCAGUGUCCUGGAUAUGGCGAGAAGGAGCCCUUGAGGCUUAACUGGCUUGCUCCGGGCAAGGUCAAGUCGCGGACUCGGGCUCGUAAAACGAAGACCAGCGGGCAUGGCAGCAAGGAGCCCAUGAUUACGAUCAAUGAACGCGCGAAAAACCCCGAUUUCCUAAUUAUCCCUCGGAGUUGCUUCAAGGUUAAUGCUGACGCCAUCUUUGAUGCGGUCGAUUACUAUAACUCCGCAAUGUACCCCUUUCUGGUAGAGAAUAUGGUCGGCAAUCAUCCGGGAGUUUACAAGAUCCAGCCGGCUCAUAUACACGCGGGCGUAGCGCGGCCGGACUAUCUCCGCCUGGAAAUUGUCUGCAUGUCGUUGAAUCAUCGAAUUCACAGCGCGAAGGAUCCGUCUUAUGCCCAGUCUCUAGCGCCCACUUAUUAUCAUUUCCGAGGCUUGAUUCUGCACUCGCUUAAUGCGACAAUCGCCAAUGAGAAGGCUCGAAAGAAGAAUAUCAAUUUCCUGAUGGCGGGAAUACUGUGCCUCCUGCUAGCCGAUGCCCACCAAGGAAUAUUAUUUCACUGGCGAUUCCACCUGCAAGGGAUCCAGCAGCUCAUCGCGCUCCGUGGGGGUUUGCGGGCCCUAGCCGGUCCAGGCGUCGAGCCUCUCCUCCUCUGCUAUGCAUACGUCACUGUCCUCGGCGACACAUCCUCGCCCGCUGACGAUCUCACUAUGAGCACCACCCUCCUCGCCGAGCUGGACACCAUCCUGGAGGACUACGGCGACAAGCCCUACACCUUCUACCCCUUCCCAAUCCCCCUUUUCACAGCCACCGUCAAGAUCAACCACCUGCGAGCCCGCGCCGCAGCCCUCCGCCCAAUCAUUCCACCCACAGAGGACCUCAAAACCGAAGCCACCGAAGUCCUAACCACAAUCCAAACCUUCAACCCUACAUCCUUCGCCGAAUCCCGCCCCCCAAAAUACCGCCCAGACUGGAUCCUCCUCGCCCAAACUAUCCAAUCCGCCGUCGCAAUCUACUGCAUCGCAUCCCUGCAAAGCGUCGAUAUCCUACCCUACAGCGCCCCCCUGCAGGCCGCAAAGGCCUCCCACCGCCAAACUCUUUACGCCCUCCUCUCAAAGUCCCUCCCAGCCUCCCGCUUCGGCACCUCCGUCCUCUGGGCCCUCGUCGUGCUCGGCGUCGACGCCGUGCAUGAUACCCCCAGUAUGCGCUCCUUCGUGAGCCAGAGUCUAGGCCCCCUGUCUCGCAGGCAGGGCUCGUAUGUCCCGCUCUUGGCGAGGGACUUCCUCGAGCGGUUCUGGGCGAGUGGGCGCACGGACUGGGAUGGGUGUUUUGAUCGUCCGUAUGCACUUGCCAUGCAGUGGACUGUUAAUCGGCAUGGGUUGCGGUAGUGAAGGAAGACGGUUUAUAGAGUCCUCAUGCCAAGAUUUGGUAGAAUGUUUGUGUACAUCUGAUCAUGACGAUACCGUCAAGUAUGACCACUGUGAUGUCGGGGCUUUGCCUUGUUAGAUGAGUGUUUAUGAUUUACAGCUAUGUUAUAUUGUUUCUCUCGUGUAGACUCUAGCUUUAUACUGUAGGC